AUGGAUUUCAGUGGUGUUACUCGACGUGGGCCUUGUGGUGCCUGCAAGUUCAUGAGGAAAAAGUGCGUGAAGGAAUGCAUAUUUGCACCAUACUUUGACUCAUCGGUUCAAGGCGCUUCUCAUUUCGCUGCGGUGCACAAAGUUUUUGGUGCUAGCAAUGCCUCUAAGGUACUCAUGUGUGUUCCACCUCACAAGCGUCUUGAUGCUGUUUUUGCUCUCUGCUAUGAGGCUUUUGCUAGGGUUAGAGACCCUGUUCAUGGCUGUGUUGGCCACAUUUUAGCGCUUCAACAACAGGUGGUGAACCUGCAGGCAGAAUUAGCAUAUGUUCGUGCUCAUCUUUCCACAAUGCAUCAAACCUGCUCACCCCCAAGUCUCAAUUCCUCCUCAUCAGAUCAUCAUUUGGCAUCAAACAACGACUUGCAAAGUGGCUAUGCUUUCAUGAAUCUUGAUCAUCCUCUUCAAAAUCUUCCAACAUCGUUAGAGUCAACCAGCUUUUUCUGUCCAUCGUCCUCUCAACAACUCGAUGACCAUCAGCCCAUCACCAACUUCAAGCUUGGGAAAGGUUCUUAA